AUGCCCGUCUCAUCAAAUUACCGCGUGAUCGAACCGCACCCGUCGGUACCUCACUCCACCCGUCCGGCUGUCUACACAGGUCGCGGAGGCUGCGGCAAUGUUGUCAGCCUCAAGAACACCAAGACUACCAACUCGCGGACUGCCACUGGCCCGGCUUCGUUGACGCGCCUCAACUCUCACACCCCCAUGACCUUCACUUCCGGCCGUGGUGGUGCCGGCAACGUCCACAGUAGCGGCGAGCGCGCUAUCUUCAGUUUCGAUGAGGAACUUGAGCGCGACCUUCGCCGUGCUGCUCCCGUCUACCACGUUGGCCGUGGCGGUGCUGGCAAUAUGAUCUACCGCGACGACUCCUCCAACUGCAGCCUCAGCCGCAGGUACUCCGCCACGAGUACCAACACUGCCAGCAGCUCUGGCUCGGUGGCUGAUCGUGCCCGCGACAUGGCCCGCCGUGGCCUCGAGAAAGGCUGGUGUAAGCUCAAGGGCACUGCAUAG